AUGAGUUCAAGCGCGUAUCUUGAUGCUCUUAGAGAUGUCCUUGGAGGCGUAGUGGAACCGUUUGUUCCUAUGAUCACUAUGACCGUCUACUACGGAACCAAUAAAUUGACCAACGGUCGUGAGCUCAAUGUAUCUAUGGUUAAAGCUACACCAAGGGUCCUCAUCGGUGGAAACCCCGACGAGCUAUACACAUUGGUGAUGAUAGACCCGGAUGCUCCGAACCCAAAUGAGCCCGAGUUGAAAGAACUCGUUUCAUGGAUCGUGACUAACAUCCCUGGCGGGAAGUCGUGUGCUGAAGGUACUGAAUUUGUCUCAUAUGAAGGACCUAACCCUCACAUUGGUAUCCACCGUUACAUGCUCAUUCUGUACAAGCAACGGGCUUCGCUUAAUGAUAUCGAGACACUCGAGUCUCGAGUACACUUUAGGGUUCGAGCUUUUGCAAGGGAGCAUAACCUCGGAAAUCCGGUUGGGAUUGCUUACUAUAACGUUCGAAGGCUGACUAAGAAGAAGACUAAAGCAUGA